AUAAUUAUGUAUUCGUAUGUAUUUGUACAUUGUGCCAGUAUCAAGCAGUUUAUACAAAAUUUCUACAUGUUUUGGUCAAAUUAUAAGUGAUAUCGAUCUACAAAAUGCAUAAAAAGUGAACAAAUUAAAUACUACGUACCUUUUUCCAUUUCAGGCGCCUUCUUGGGCUAUGACAAAUGAAAUCAUAAAACAAACCCAAAUGUGUUUUAGAAACAUCAGAGGUAGAUUCUGAUGUACACAUAGUUUUACCCAUUUUGUGUAUACUCUUCUAGUUACAUGUAACUUUUGAAUGAAAUACUUGUGUACAAAAUGUAUACACAAAAAUGUGUACAAAAUAUGUACCAAACUACUUUUGUCAAAAGUUAAUCAAGAAUCAGGGCAAGGAAGCAUGCCUCUUGAAUACUGAUGAAGAUUUUUUGAACAUAAGUAGUUUCUUCAACAACUUCACCAUUAGAAACGGGGAAAGCAUCCCACCACCACCAACUGCCUUCCUCCUCUUGCGCAUUUCCAUCGCCGCCGCCGCCCGUUUUUCAUUCGCCGGAGGAGGAGUCACAUCCGGCGACCACCGGGGUUCUGAAACGUCGUCGGUAUGGAAUCCCGCUGACCCACUACUCCCGUGCAAUUCGUCGUUGAAAUCCUCCCACAACACGUCCAUCCCCUCAUCCGCGCCGCUGAGAACUUCCGACCCGGGGGAGCUUUUCCGGCAGCCGGAGUUCAUCUCCGACUGAGAGGGAAUCAUCCACAGAUCUAGAGAUGAUGGAGUGGUCAUCAGGUUGAGGUGGACGGAGACGCCGUUAGCGGCGGUGGGAAGGCAGAGAGUUUCUGUGACCAUUUCUUGAUCAAGCUAAAAUGUAUUUGGUGGUAGACUUUGAGGGUUAAUUCGAAAGAGAUUGGAGUGUUUAUUUAUAUGUACGUAAAGGAGGUCUUUGUCAAACAAUAAAUAAAAGGGGU